ACAACGACGUCAAGAGGAGUUGGAAGAGAAGCAACGUCAGGAGCAAUUGCAAAAACAACGAAGUCAAGAAGAGUUGAAAAUGAAGCAACGUCAAGAGAGACAACAACGUCGAGAGGAGUUGGAAAAAAAGCAACGUCAAGAGCAAUUGCAAAGACAACGACGUCAAGAGGAGUUGGAAGAGAAGCAACGUCAGGAGCAAUUGCAAAAACAACGACAUCAAGAGGAGUUGGAAGAGAAGCAACGUCAGGAGCAAUUGCAAAAACAACGAAGUUAAGAAGAGUUGAAAUUGAAGCAACGUCAGGAGAGACAACAACGUCAAGAGGAGUUGGAAAAAAAGCAACGUCAAGAGCAAUUGCAAAGACAACAACGUCAAGAGGAGUUGGAAAAGAAUCAACGUCAAGAGCAAUUGCAAAAACAACGACGUCUAGAAUAAUUAGAAUAAUUGCAAAGACAAUGUAUUUAUUAUAA